UGCUGGCCACCUACCAAGCUGUGAGGAGAUGAGUCGGUGUCAUGGGAUCCCAGACGCUUGUGUGGUCUCCCUCCUGCUGUUCUUGUGUUUCACCCACUCAGGACUGGGCGAAAACUGCACCUUUACACAUACAGUUUUUCCUACGACGGAUGUUUCCACCGAUGGACUGAGAAAGCUGCUCCUGUGGGACUACCCGGUAUCGAUGCCGGGCAACCUGAAACCAGAUGAACAUUGUUUCAGACUCUGGCAACUUCAUUUCAUCUCCAGUGAGCUGAGCCGCAUGCUACAGGUGGCUGGGUCUGAACUGAGUAAACACAUCGCGAAGUUAGAAGAGGACCUGGGCGUGAAGGAGUUGUUUGAAAGCUGUAAGAUCGAAAGUUCCUGCGUUGAGUUUGAGAGGACAAACGUCUCCAUGUUCUUGGAUUCUAUUCCCUUAGCCUUCGAGGCAGUGAGAGACAAGAUGGAGUUGAUGGGGAUGCCUUUCAGUUUCAGUAAUUGCACCCCUAUUCAAUGCCACCCUGAGUCUCGUAGCACUCCAUACCCUGGUUACUCUAAGCAAGUGCUGGAAGACACGCAGGCAUCCAAAUCAGCCGUCCUCCAGAGACAUCACUGGUUUCUGAUUCCAAUCCCCUUGCUGGCCUGUCUUUUCAGCAUUGUGAAGCUUUCAGGCAGGGUCCCAUUCCAGCCAUUGCCGCUUCAAGUAUGAGCGAAUGGAAGGGAUGACCUUGUCCCAAAGCGAAAAGGACGUCUUCCUUCCCGUUAUGCACCUUUGACAGAAAGACCCUUCCUGCUUUCACUUUCCUCCCUGCGGGAUUGCAUUUGCAGGCCUCAAAACUAGGGGACAUCAACAGAUUUUGUGAACACGCCAUUUUGAUGCAAACAUCCCAGCUUCGGACAUGAGUUUUCCCCACUUGGGACAAGUCUGCAGUCGUCCUUUUUCAUUUUCUGCUGACCGCGCCAAUGAAACUCUUCAUUUCUUCCUGUCCAAACUCAUGCCUUUUUCUGAGCGUGUGCGUCAAGGGGUAUAAAAAUGGUGUAAGCUAUGAGAAAAACAGUGUAACAAAUGCCAUAUAAGCUGAAACAAAUUGGGACCCUCCAGUAACGAGCACAGGAAAAGACAAAACGGCCUUACGGUGACAACGUACAAGAACAGAGAAAGAAACGGAUGAAAAGGUUGUGC